CGAAUUCUCCAACCUCACUGUUUGCAAACCCCAUAGAGCACAACUCAAAAGCUGCUGUUCAAAUACCAGUGAAAGGAAAACUCCGGAUUGUCUUCGCUUUCUAGACUGUGAGUUCUGCAGGGUGCCAUCAAGGCAGGAUAUCUGUCCGGAGAAGACCAUUGCAUUCUGGGUUAGGAGCUAGGUGUGGACCCCACUCCCAGACCCUCCAGAUUCCUAUAUUUGAGUUAUUGUGCCAUGGCCUCUAAGCCACAUCCUCCACUAAUGAAGAAACACAGUCAGUCAGAUCUGGUGAGCCGGCUGAAAACCAGGAAGAUACUGGGGGUCGGAGGAGAGGACGACGAUGGAGAGGUGCAUAGGUCGAAGCUCAGUCAGAUGCUGGGGAAUGACAUCAAGUAUCAGGUGCGAGAGCCUGUUGGUCUAAGGCUCUGGAUCGUCAUCUCUGCGUUAACCUUCACAGUUAUGGCCUUGAUGGCCCUGGUGUGUCCCAACCAGCUCUAUGAGGUGGUGUUUGAAGAAGAGAUCAACAAGACCAGCAUCUCCAUCAGGCUCUAUGGAGGAGCACUACUCAGUCUGUCCCUCAUCUUGUGGAAUGGAGUGUAUGCACAAGAGAAGGUCAUCAUUCAAUGGACUCUGCUCAGCGAAGCAUGCUACUUUGCUGUCCAGUUUAUAGUUACGUCGGUCACCCUGGUGGAGAUGGGCUCGUUUCCCAACGCUGCCAUCCUCCUCCUCCUCAGCCGGGUGCUCUUCCUCCUGGUCACUCUCUUCUAUUACUACCACCUGGGGAGAGGACGACCCAAGAAGAUCUGAGAGGAGGGAGGGGAGGAGAGAGGACGACCCAAGAUGAUCUGAGAGGAGGGAGGGGAGGAGAGAGGACGACCCAAGAUGAUCUGAGAGGAGGGAGGGGAGGAGAGAGGACGACCCAAGAAGAUCUGAGAGGAGGGAGGGGAGGAGAUUAGACGACCCAAGAUGAUCUGAGAGGAUGGAGGGGAGGAGAGGACGACCCAAGAUGAUCUGAGAGGAGGGAGGGGAGGAGAGAGGACGAUUUGAGAGGGAGAGGACGACCCAAGAAGAUCUGAGAGGAGGGAGGGGAGGAGAGAGGACGACCCAAGAAGAUCUGAGAGGAGGGAGGGGAGUAGAGAGGACGACCCAAGAUGAUCUGAGAGCAGGGAAGGGAGGGCAGGGGAUGGAGGCCCACAGGGUGGGGCUCGGCUGAGUUAGGUUGUUUGGGAGGGGAGGGGAUGGAGGCCCACAGGGUGGGGCUCGGCUGAGUUAGGGUGUUUGGGAGGGGUGGGGUGGGGUGGGUGCUUUCAAAUAUUUAAUUCCAGACGGAGCUGUGGUUUAUUGAUUGAAGAGAAAUGUUCACAAUGUCGCAGCUAGAAAUGUAAUGUGUAGAGCUGGCAUUAUUCACAGUUCUACAUGACAAACCGUCAUAGCAGAUCGAUACAUUACAUGUAUAACGUUCUGUAAGGUUGCACCUUUCUGAUCAGGGAUGUGGUGUGGGCGGGGCUUACCAGGGAUGUGGUGUGGGCGGGGCUUACCAGGGAUGUGGUGUGGGCGGGGCUUACCAGGGAUGUGGUGUGGGCGGGGCUUACCAGGGAUGUGGUGUGGGCGGGGCUUAUCAUGGGUGUGGUGUGGGCGGGGCUUAUCAUGGGUGUGGUGUGGGCGGGGCUUAUCAUGGGUGUGGUGUGGGCGGGGCUUAUCAGGGGUGUGGCAGGGGCUUAACAGGGAUGUGGCUGGGACGUGGGAGGGGCUUGGUCCAUCCAGCCCCAUUCUACUGUAUGUUAGACUCCAGAUGUUUUUAAUAACCAGUCAACACACGGUGGUCUCUUUUGUUCUCUAUAUGGAAAUGAGAAAGGGUCUGAUUGUGAAAGUGGGAGAUUGUUGUCCUCCUCCAAAUACUGUACUCUACUUGUGUGAAGGGUGGUUCUGUGUAAAAAAAGAGGGAAAAAAAGUGUAUUCAUUUGAAGUGAUGUUUUUCUUGUACAGUACCUCCCUUCCGCCCAGUCACGUGACUUAGUGCUUACAUCCCAAACAACACCUUAUUCCCUAUACAGUGCACUACCUUUGAGCAAAAGUAGAGUCCUAUGGGCCCUGUUCAAAGUAGUGCACUGUAUAGGAAAUAGGUAGUUUUUUGGGGGGACCGAUCCAAGAUGUACAGAGCAAUUUAAAACACUAUACUGUAUUAGUAUGUAGUCAUUUGAAUGUUUUUUGUUGUUCUAAUGUGAUCUUUUGGUAGUUUCAUUUUGAAUAUACUGUUGUCUCAAGGACCAAGAGUUUGUAAGUUUAAAGAUGUUCAAUUUUUAUGGUGUUGGUUGGUUGACGUUGUUUCUGUCUCCUGUGCACUAAGGUGAAACAUGGAUAUCUUUGCUCUCUCUCUCUCUCUGUCGCUUGUUUAUCUGCUUCUAUCAGCUGUUCAUUUAACCAGCAGAAUGUCCGUUAUAGGUAGAAGACAGCUGGUAAAGUAAAAUAGAAUCGGACUAAUUCAAAUACAAUUACUAGAACAGACAUUUCAAGUCGACCGUAUUCUAUGUGUAUGAUCAGACCUGCUGCCCUCGUCUCUAAACUGAAAGGUGAUCAGACCUGCUGCCCUUGUAUCUAAACUGAAAGGUGAUCAGACCUGCUGCCCUCGUCUCUAAACUGAAAGGUGAUCAGACCUGCUGCCCUUGUCUCUAAACUGAAAGGUGAUCAGACCUGCUGCCCUCGUCUCUAAACUGAAAGGUGAUCAGACCUGCUGCCCUCGUCUCUAAACUGAAAGGUGAUCAGACCUGCUGCCCUCGUCUCUAAACUGAAAGGUGAUCAGACCUGCUGCCCUUGUCUCUAAACUGAAAGGUGAUCAGACCUGCUGCCCUCGUCUCUAAACUGAAAGGUGAUCAGACCUGCUGCCCUCGUCUCUAAACUGAAAGGUGAUCAGACCUGCUGCCCUCGUCUCUAAACUGAAAGGUGAUCAGACCUGCUGCCCUCGUCUCUAAACUGAAAGAUGAUCAGACCUGCUGCCCUCGUCUCUAAACUGAAAGGUGAUCAGACCUGCUGCCCUUGUCUCUAAACUGAAAGGUGAUCAGACCUGCUGCCCUCGUCUCUAAACUGAAAGGUGAUCAGACCUGCUGCCCUCGUCUCUAAACUGAAAGGUGAUCAGACCUGCUGCCCUCGUCUCUAAACUGAAAGGUGAUCAGACCUGCUGCCCUCGUCUCUAAACUGAAAGGUGAUCAGACCUGCUGCCCUUGUCUCUAAACUGAAAGGUGAUCAGACCUGCUGCCCUCGUCUCUAAACUGAAAGGUGAUCAGACCUGCUGCCUCAUGGUGAAGCCAUUGACCAGCUGACAGACUGGUAUAAUGUGUGGAUUAGCGUCUAUGUAUAUAUAUAUAUUCUGUCCUUAAUGCUGGGUCAGAACACUGAGGGAGGUCAUAGGUCCGCUUUUCAGUCUGUCCAAUGGGCAUAGAGAACACAUACUGUACAUAAUAGAGAUGCCUCAUCCGCUAACGUGAUAUUGAGAGUGAGCUUACAAUAUGAAGCGCUGUCGGGAAUAGACAUUGUACAGGGAUGAUAACCUUUUUAAUUCAGCAAGUUUCUGUCAAGAGGUUUGACUUGAAGGUCACUUCCACUCCAAAACGAUCAUUUUUGGGGCGUUUGUUUCAUUAGUCCACUGUUGUUACAAUCCCCCAAAAAUGUUUUCAAGAUAUAGAUACUUUGAAAACGCUAAUUGUCACUUGCCACACCAUCAAUAUAUUUAUACUGUAGGCCUACUGUAUAAUUACACUGAAAUAUUUAGUAUUUAUGGUCAAGUUUAACUUGAACAUUGUGUAGGCGAAUCAAAUGUUAUUUGUCACAUGCUUCAUAAUAACAGGGGUAGAUUAAAGUAAGCAUUUCACUGUUAGUCCAUACCUGUUGUUUACAAAGCAUAUGACAAAUAACUUUUAGAUUUGAAUCCUACAGCCAUCUGGUUAUAGGUUCUCUCCUUCUGUAUGUUCACGGUUGGGCAUAAUGUCAACAUGGUGAUGUACUUUCGAUGUGACCAGCAGAGCAAUGCCAGUGUUAGUCAGCAACGUCUUUAUUGGUGGCACGGCACACUUUUAUACACACCAUAUCUAUCUUUAGUCUUGCCUUAAACUUUUCAAAGAACAGUCACCGACCAACGUGCAAAUUCACUUGAUGCUUGUACAUGUAAAUAAAGUAGCCGUAUACUGUA